AUGGAGGGCAAUAAUACUAACAGUGGCAUUGUCAUUGAUGAGGAAUCUUUGUUGCUGUUCCGACAGCAAGUCAAUGAUGAUGAGAAAUACUAUGCCUUGUAUUCCCAAGAUUCCUACUUGAGUUCUACCGCUGCUACGGACACGGUUAGUGCUUCGUCCAUUGAUGAGGAGGAAAAGUACGAUACUGUGGUGGACAAUCACAAUGAUGGCUGCCUGAAAAGAUUAUGGGAAGCCUAUUACGGCGCAUUGUUAACCUACCCAUUGUUGGUCAAGAGCCUUACGGCGUUUGUACUAUUGGGAUUUGCGGAUGUCAUCGCCCAAUGCUUUGAACGAAUACGCGAUAGUCACAAUAACUCUAGUGCAGAAGAAGCCUUCAAUUUGUAUCGAGUGGCAAGAUUUGGGUUCUUUGGUUUGGCCGGAGCACCCUGGACGCACUACUAUUAUGGUUGGUUGGACACUGUUUUGCCUCCUACACAAAAUCCUUGGACAUGGACGACUGCAAUCAAGGUUGUCAUUGAUCAAUUCCUACAAGCCCCAGCGCUUCUUGCCGUCAUGAUUAUGGGCAUGGCUCUAAUGGAAGGUCGAGGUAUCUCAGGAGUCACUGUUGAUAUGGAGAAUCAGUAUGUGGAAGCUCUGAUUAAGAAUUGGGAACUAUGGAUACCAGCCACGGUGGUGAACAUUGCCUUUGUCAAGCCCGAUCUGAGAGUGUUGUAUGACAAUCUGGUCUUUUUCUUUUGGACUAUCUUUCUUUCCAUGCUACUCAAUCAAGCACCGGAUGCACCAUGA